AGGGCGUGGGGGAAGCUUCCUGUUUUGAAGGAACAACGACUGACGUAUUGUCUAACCAGAGUGGUGAAGAGCGGAGGAGCCAUGCCUUUCCUCCAUGGGUUUCGUAGGAUCAUAUAUGAGUAUCAGCCGCUGGUUGAUGCUAUCAUGUGUGUUGUUGGACUGGAGGAAGGAGACGGUAGUCAGGAAGAGAGAGUCAGAAGCCCCGGGGAUCAGUCUGGUGUUUGUGGCUCUCUAGCGGAGCUUCUGGAGCGGGAGUCCAAGUCAGACGUGUUUUUGGAAGGCAUCAGCUAUGCUCUGUUUAAGGUGGCAGAGCGGGGACUGGUGAAUGCAGCUGAAGUCCUUCUGCGCUAUGGAGCUGCUCUAAAUUUUGAAGACCCAGUCUCUUACUACAACCCUCUACACAUGGCAGUUUUAAGGAACAAGCCAAACAUUGUGAGGUUGCUGGUCGGGCACGGAGCAAGUGUUGAAAAGAGAGACAGGAUCCAUGAGAGCAGUCCUUUGGAUCUUGCCAGUGAGGAGUCAGAGAGGCUCCCCUGCCUGCUCACCCUGCUGGACCUGGGUGCUGAUGUGAAUGCAAUGGAUAAACAUGGAAAAACACCUUUGCUCCAUGCAUUGGCGAGCAGCGAUGGACUCACUGUGCAUAACAUGGGGAACAUCCAGCUUCUACUUCAGAGAGGUGCUGACGUUAAUGCUGGUACUGUAGACGGUGAGACAGUAGAGUCCUCCUUGGUGUUUCUGGUUAAAGAGGCUCUGGAGGCCAAUACGGAGGACGCCGCAGAGAUCGGUAACUUCUGUUUGAAAACCACGCGGCUACUGCUGGCCCACGGCGUGGACCCCAGCUGCUGUCUGAACGAGGACGGCGAGCCCUCCCUGACGCAGACGAGCCUGGAGCACUUUGACCUGCUCUUCCCUCUGGCUGUGCUCUUAAUCCAAAGCGGAGCCUCUUUUGUCUGCUCCUAUCACGGCGAGUCCUGUUGGUCAGGUUACAGCCUUCUUUUCCAGCGGCUGCAAACAGCCCUGCAGCAGAGCUCUGAUCGCACUCACAGCACUGAGCUUCUGGAGCAGGCGGAGGUGUUGCUCGACUUAGCGAGAGUAGACGUCCCCAUGCUGCAUCUGCCGCUCAGGCUGGAGCUCCCCGUGCCCGGUCAGGACCCUCACCCUUAUGCUCAGGAUCUGGUAGACCUGCACGACCGCGUAGCACAGCGUGAAGCGAGCCCUCCCGCUCUCCGAUGCCUUUGUAGGGCAUUCAUCAGGAGCCACCUCCGGCCUUGGCCCCUGGAAGACAGAGUCAAAGCCUUGCCGUUACCCGACAGACUGAAAGAUUUUAUUCUCCCUGAACAUACGUAUACCCCAAAGCCUGGCUGGGACUGCUUCAAGCCCCAACAUAGCCAGCACUGACGAUCAAAAGACUGAACAGGCCUAUAAUAAUUUGUAUAACAUGUCUGAGCAUAAAUGAAUCAUAAAUGAACUUAAACCUAACAAACCAGUGAGGCCUUUGUUUAACUCUUAUUGUUGUUCUUUGUGUCAAAUUAACAUAAAAAUGUGAAUAUGUUUACUUUAAGACGUAUAACAACAGAUGUCUGUCAAAAUGAGCUUGUGACUCUUAACUAUGUUCCCACCAUCAUGAUUAAACUCCUGUACAGUUGAGUGAGUCACAUUGAUGUGCAAAUGGAUUUGCAAUACUAAUAAAAGCCACCAGAUGGCAGUGUUGCUCUUGCGUUUCAAAAGCCCCUCAGAUGUCAGGGUCAAAGAUUUAGUUAUUCACAGUGCAGCCUAUUUAAGUUGUUCCAGCGCAGUAGGCUCCAUCUAUAUUUCAUCUCCUCAACGUGAUGGUGGUGUAUUGUGGAAUUUGUGUAUCUCCUGCUUAAUAUGAAGUUGGACCAAUAAAACGGGCGUGUG